GAUCUCCGGAAAGAGAGGGAGAGCAAGGAAGAGAGAUGUUUGCAGCAUGACAGAGCAGAGCGCCGCUUUAUAAACAAAACAGUUUCAGUCCCAACUACGCGGCGGCUGAACGCGGUGGCUCGACGGCCAAGCAGGAUAAGAAGGACUCGCUGGGCCGAAAACGUGAAUAAUUGCCGACGGCGGUGGUAACGGCUACAGUGUCCAUUGCAUUUCGCUGUGUGGGUGUUGUGACAAUGGCGUGACUUUUCGCCAUCGCCAGCUCCGUGUCCGUGUACGUGUGCGUACAUACUGCCAGGAAUCAAGGGAGCAACAGCAACAGCUCACUGCACCAACACAGGCUCAGAACAGGCACACACACGUACCUGUGCGGAGUAAGCCACCUUCGCCUUGGUGGGGCGAGUGGGGCAUGUUCGUGCCAGCACUUUGGACCACUGAAAGCGAGUCCAAUUCAAAUGAGCCGUGCAUGCAGGUAUGAGCAAAACCAACAUCUCGACGCGAGCCAAGCCAAUCGAUAAAUUCAAAGGAAGCGAAGUGGUAACCUCUGACGUCCUCCAGAUAAGCGUUGCGAGGAUUCUGCCAACAGAGAAGCAGUCAAUUAGGAACACUGCGAAUUCGACUCCAAAGUAAAUAACUGGAGGACCUACCCGGCAACAAAAUCAGAAACCAAUUUGAUCCUAUUUAAGCAAGAGCGAGCUUAGGGAGGAGCCCAUUAUCGACUUCGAUUCAACCCAUUGAUGUAGCACCAUGGGCGCCAAUACAUCGAGCAGAUCCGACGCGAGUCUGCUCGCCGAUGACGAUGUCAAUUUUGACCAUUUCCAAAUACUCCGCGCCAUUGGCAAGGGCAGUUUCGGAAAGGUGUGCAUUGUCCAAAAGCGGGAUAGCGGCAUCCUGUACGCAAUGAAAUAUGUUAGUCGCUCCGCUUGCGAAAUGCGCGGAGCUCUUGGUGGCGUCAUCAAGGAGGUGGAACUGCUAUCGUCGUUGGAGCACCCGUUUCUCGUCAAUUUAUGGUUCUCUUUUCAGGAUGAGGAGGAUUUGUUUAUGGUCUGCGACCUGUUGACUGGCGGGGACUUAAGAUAUCAUUUACAGAACCGAGUGGAAUUCUCCGAGCAGAGUGUGGCCUUAUUAGUGUGCGAGCUCGGCAGUGCAUUGGAGUACCUGCAGGCGCAUCGAGUGGUUCACAGGGACAUCAAGCCUGACAACAUUUUAUUGGAUGAUGCGGGACAUGCUCAUUUGACUGAUUUUAAUAUUGCCACGCGUUUGCAAAAAAAUGCCUUGGCCUGCAGUAUGUCGGGGACCAAGCCCUACAUGGCACCCGAGGUGUUCCUGUGUGCCCUGGACGAAGUGGCUGGCUAUAGCUAUCCGGUAGACUGGUGGUCACUUGGCGUCGUCGCCUACGAAAUGCGGGGAAACAUCCGACCCUUCGUGGUGCACUCGAACACCCCUCUGGCGGAGAUCAAGAAUAUAUUGAACACGCCAGUGCACUAUCCCCGCUACUGGAGCAGCAACUUUGUCGAUCUGCUGCAGAAGUUACUCUCCACCUAUCCGGGUGCCAGGAUCAGUACAAGGCAGGAGCUGCAUCAAACGCCGAUGCUGCGCAACAUUGACUUCCAGAGGGUGCUCGAGAAGAAGAUCAAACCCAUCUAUAAACCUCCCGAAGACCACCUCAACUGUGAUCCCUGCCUAGAGCUGGAGGAAAUGAUUGUGGAAUCGCGGCCCUUGCAUAAAAAGAAGAAGCGCCUGGCCAAGCAGAGGUCAGCACAACGGGACAGCGAUCCAGAGACUGCGCUGGUCAAAGAGUUCAUCGUUUACAACCGCUACAAGGAGUUGAAGCGCAAAGCCAUGGAACAAAAGGAAAACGACUGGCAGCGCGAACUGGAACUGGCCAUGGCCAACUCCAUCGUGAACAGCUUGGCCCCCAUCCAAGAGAAGCCCGCCGCCGCCAUUGCGCACGACGGCGACUGUGCGAACGCAUCAUCCGCAGCCGCCCAGCUAAAGGGUGACAGUAUUGAGUUCAUUGAUCGCACUCCUUCACCGCAGAUUAAAGAAUCGGCUGGCAGCACGCUUGACAUGCCGCCGAGUCCGUUUCAAAAAUAAAACCUAGGACGCGGUUGAUAAGCAACAGGUUUCAAACUGCACAAGAACCAGACCCACUUGCGCAACGAUGACUUGUCAGCCAUCCAUCCAUAAAGACCAGAACCUAUUUUUCGAACUCGUCUGAACUUCAUUUUUGUACAUGCUCAUAUUAUAUACAGAACUAUGACAUUUUAUAUCUUUUAGGGUAUAGCUUUUAAAUCAAAUAGGUCUAAGCUACUUUGUACAUAUUGUUAGAUGUAAGUCCAAAAGCAAAAUAAACGGGUAAUUUCCGUUCAAGUUUAUUUUUACGAUUUUUUUAAUUUUUAUUUCAAGUUAUAUUUCAUUCAUGUUUCAUAUUUUUUUUGUAAUGCCUUUUGUGUAUAAAAAAAGAGUAAAUAAUUAUGUUCUGCAUUGUAUAAUUAUGUUCUGCCUUGUAUAAUUAUGUUCUGCAUUGUAUAAUUCUUGCUUUCACACAUUUCUUGUUCUCUUGUUAAAAAUAUUAUUAAAUUUAUUGAUGUUUGCGGUGAAAGUUGGGAAAGACUAACCAAAUGCAACGUGUAAAUAGUUUGUUAAUUCAUUUUUUCUUACUCGCGGGAUUUCUCAUUUAUUGGGCAUUCCUAUUAGUAUUACAUUUUAGAACAACUUCGCACUCAACUUCAAGCCCUAUUACUAGCAGCUCAACUGCUUAACGAUCUUAUUGCUGAGGUGUGAAAUCAAAUUAACAAAUAUUCAGAAGAGCUCUAACUCAGAAUUGUAACGAGUCACAAGAAGUUAGUAAAAGGAUUAUUUAGAAGAAAUGGUGUUCCACUUUGCAUUUGUGGAACGAGUAUUUCUGCAAUCGUUUUAAUUUUCUUAGGCAAAAAACAAAUGCAAUUGUUUAAAAAAAGCGUCAAUGAUUUGUGUUCUCGUUAGAAAAAGUUGCGUUUGAUCUUCUUGUUUGUUAGAAUAAUGACGGAGAAGAAGAAACUACAAGCUGCAAAACAUGGUAUUCAGUGUAUGCACAAGUGUAACUGCCUGCGUGUAUUUAGUGAGUGUGUAUGUUGAGUGUACUUUGUGUUUGUUCGGUGUUUGGAGUUC